UCUAUUUCGCCCGCCACGCCACCAGACGGCGUAUCGCUUGUAUGGAUAUGGGGUGGGGAGAAAGGAAAGGGAAUAGAUUCUUUUCGAAGCAGCCCAUUCGUUUGAGAGCUGCUGCCUGAACAAGAUCUGUUACACACAACAAGCACGCUCAACGUCAUGACGGCAUCAUCUAUGUGGUGAUUCUCCAAUGCCGUUUUUUUUCAAAGUUUUACUCAUCACUUCGUCUCAACGUUUUUAGUUUACAAGUGCCAUUUGCAGCCAGUAUCUAUCGUCUGUAUCGUCGCCCGUUUAAUAACAGACACUUGGAGUGCGAUCGUUUAUAUUUUUCGCCAUGGCAUCUUCGCCUAGUCCGUCCUCAUUGGAUUCGGUCGGCACAUCACCACUCGGUUCGUUUUCCGAUCCCAAUGAGCAUCCGCUCUUGGCCCGCGAUCUCGGUCUCGGCCCAUUGGUGGGUUACGGCGAUAGUGGCGUCUUUAAUGGAAUCAAUUCCACAAAUUUUUCAUCUUGCUCAUCCAUGAUGCACAAUUCGGCACUCAGCCUCUACCUUAACGGAUUAGGUAGUAACGGCAAUCUGGAUUCAGGAUCCGGUCUCAAGGACAACCUGAGUAUGGGGAGCAGCGGAACCAGCAGUCGGCCACCUAGCGGUGGCUUACCAGGUUGCAACUCGAGCACCAGCAGCAGUGGUGUAUCCAGCCCUGGAUUGGCUACCAAAUGCGCAGUGUGCGGUGUUGGCGAUUCCUUCUCCGUUCUGCCCAAAGUUCUUCCUUGUCUUCACGCUUUAUGCCAAAUGUGUUGGGAUAAGCAACAAAUGAAUGACGGCAUGACAACGGAUCUGCUGGACAAGAACACCAACUGCCCAGUUUGCAAAGCCGAUUGUCUCAUGUCGCCGCCUUCUCAUCAAGGAUCAUCUUCGUCCAGCCUAUUCAAGGAUUUCUCGUCGACGCUUCACAUGAUGGAGACUCCAGCGACGACUCCGCUUUGCGACAACAAUGGAUGGAAUUCAGCCACUUGCACCGCUUGCAAGGCUAAGGACCCAGUACUGGCUGUGGCCAAGUGUUUCGACUGCGCUUCGUUGCUUUGCACAUCGUGCGUCCUGGCUCAUCAGUUUAUGCUGUGUUUCGAGGGACAUCGACUCAUGACGUUGGCCGAGUUGGCCAGCCCAUCUUCGACGUCGAAUAAUUACACAAACAGCAAGAAUGCUAGCCGCCCAUGCGUCCGCCAUCGCGGUGAGUCCGUGACUCUCUAUUGUCACACUUGUUCCGUCCCUGCUUGCACCCAGUGUUUGCUCAUGGAACACAGUGGCCCAGCUCACGACAUGGAAGCUCUCAACGAGGCUGCUCCCCGCUUGGCUCACCAACUUAAUCGCACCUUGAAUGACGCCCGCGCCAAAGCUGCCGAGCUGAAAACCGUCGUCCAGGCUGCUGAAUCUGCUGUCAACAAAAUGUCGAAUCAGCUGUCCAAAGCUCAGACGGACGUCACUGAAACAUACCAUUUUUACCGAGCUGCGUUGGAUGAACGGCGCGAAGAGCUCCUUCGUGAAUUAGAGAGCGUCUACAACAACAAGCAAACAACUAUGAAUGAUCUUGGGCACAAGACACAGGAGGCAGUGGAACGCAUUCUCAAGACUUGCAGCUUUGUCGAACGUCUAGUGAAGCAAUCAUCGCCUGUCGAGGCUCUUCUUUUCAAGAAGGAAUUGGAUGCUAAAUUCGCCGCUCUCUUCGCUUUCUGCCCGCCCGAUUUGAAUCUUCAGGGUUCCCUCGAUGUUGAAUUCAUGUCAAACUACAAAGCCAUUCAGAUUGGAGUGCGUAACACGUACGGGUACAUUCGUUCUACCAACGAACCGAACACACCUGGAUCUUUCAAUGCAGCUGCCGCAGCAGCAGCCGCCGCCUCGAAAAUGCAGCCGCCCAUCGCUCGACCCACAUCCAUGCUGUUGGGUUCCAAUUACUCGGUCAACGGAGUCAAUCUGACCCUCAACAAUGGACGUUUGAGCCCAGCUGGUAGCUUGGUCACACCAAAUGGCGAUUCGCAUUUCAUGGCCAAGAGAUUCCCAACAUCGUCGACGAGCAACAGCUUUGGAUUGGGUCUGAAUGACCUCGGCUUGGGCACUCCCACUCUGUCGCAACCACCUACUUAUGAAAAAUGGAGCAAUAAUGCCGGAGGAUUUGAUUCGUUCCAGAUGCCACCUUCCACAAUGCGCUCGGACGGAUCGUCGAUGACAUCGAUGGCUAAUGAUCCUUCUCUAUUUGAACUGUCCAAGCUGAUGUCCAACACGUCUCUCUAUCCGCCUCGUUCGCAAAUUAAACGCCAGAAGAUGAUUUAUCACUGCAAAUUCGGUGAGUUUGGCGUCAUGGAGGGACAGUUCACUGAACCGUCUGGAGUUGCCGUCAACGCCCAAAACGACAUCAUCGUCGCCGAUACCAACAAUCACCGCAUCCAGAUUUUCGACAAGGAGGGUCGUUUCAAGUUCCAGUUUGGCGAAUGCGGUAAACGAGACGGUCAAUUGCUGUACCCCAAUCGCGUCUCGGUUGUGAAAACGUCUGGCGACAUCAUCGUUACCGAACGCUCACCCACCCAUCAGAUCCAGAUUUACAACCAGUACGGCCAGUUUGCUCGCAAAUUUGGCGCCAACGUCUUGCAGCAUCCUCGAGGCGUGACGGUCGACUCGAAAGGCCGCAUCAUUGUGGUCGAGUGUAAGGUGAUGCGCGUCAUCAUUUUCGAUCAAAUGGGUAACGUGUUGCACAAAUUCGGUUGCUCUAAGCACCUUGAAUUUCCCAACGGCGUCGUUGUCAACGAUAAGCAAGAGAUCUUCAUUUCCGACAACCGUGCCCACUGCGUUAAGGUUUUCAGCUACGAGGGUGUCUUUCUGCGUCAGAUUGGUGGCGAGGGUUUGACCAACUACCCCAUUGGUGUCGGUAUCAAUUCUGCCGGCGAGAUCCUCAUUGCCGACAAUCACAACAAUUUCAACUUGACCAUCUUCACCCAAGACGGACAGCUGAUCUCGGCGCUCGAGUCAAAGGUUAAGCAUGCCCAGUGCUUCGAUGUAGCUCUCCUCGACGACGGAUCCGUCGUCUUGGCCAGCAAAGAUUACCGUCUCUACGUUUACCGUUACGUGCAAAUUCCUCCUCUCGCGUUAUAAUUGGUCGUUGAUUUUUUCUUUUCAUUCUAUUUUUCGCGCCCUCCAUACGUUUUCUCUUGUCAAUCUACAUAUCCCCCCCUUGCUUGGGUCUUAUCGUCAGGAACCGCAAGUUCCCGAAUUCUUGCAUCUCUCCAACAACGGUGGAGGGAUUUGAAUAAUGCACUUAUAUCGAUCUUGUUUUUAAUCACUAAAUCGGUUGAACAUUUUGAGUUCGCAUCAUCAGUCGACUCCGUAGUUCGACUUGGUAGAAGAAGAAAAACGAACUAGUCAUGAAAUUAUUGGAUGUAGCUCCGGGGAAAUCCAACCGCCCUCUUUUUUCUUUUCUUUUUUUCUUUUUUUGCCAGCUUGAGGGAAAAAAUGGUGGCCAAGAAUUGCGAAUCCUCGUCUUAGAAGAAGAGAAAGUUUUUGAAUGGACUUUUCAAGUCAAGUAAAAGGAAAGAGAAAGAAGGAAAAAAAAAAGUUUGUUCUCGACGAAAAAGAAAACGUUGACUCUGAGACUUGGUUAACGUAGCAGCUGUCGUGCAGUUUAGCAAUAGCUCCUUUAUUUUUGCUCUCUUCCUCAUUUUUUUAAUUGGGUAGUUUUGAGAAAUGCUCACGAAUUGAUUCGAAUGUUGGCUUUGUUGUAUCAACGGUUCAGCCCCUCUUUACCCUCCUGCGCCGGUUCGUUCGAUGGUAGUUUUUUUUUUUUUUUUUUUUUUUUUUACUUUUGUUGGCCAAGUAAUAAGAAGUGGGAAAAGAAUUUCUUUGUUUGCUCUCGUAACCGUGUCGUGAUGCGCCCGCCAUCCUGGGAUCCAAAAAAGAAACAAAAAUCUUUGGGCUCGUGGACCAAUCUGAAUCUAUCCAAACUGUCUUCUUCUUUCGAUACUAUCACUCACUCUGAGGCUCAACUGAUCAAGAACGUGCACAAUCCUGUUGAUCCGUAGUUUUCUUUUAUUUAUUCAUUUUUUUUUUAUGUCGAGUUUCUCAAACUGAUGGAGCACUCUUCAAGUAUUGUCAUUUCGAACAAGUCAUUACUCUCGGCCUGUGAUAGGAGUUAAGCCUCACUAUUCUUCUCUGGUUAACUAUUACUGCUUUUCCUCUUUAAAAAAAAAACACAAGUUUCGCCUUUUGCAAUGGCAACCAUCUUCAUUCUUUUUCUUAUUAUUAUUAUCUGCUAGAAAUGUUAACGAGAUGACUUCUCUUUUCUGUGAUGUGGUCGCUCUCUUUCGCAAGCUUCUCUGCCACGCUCGGCAAUGAUCUCGUCAGUUAAAAGGCGCUUAUUGGAUUUGAAGUUUGUUUUUUUUGUUUUUCCACGGGGAAGGUUGGCGUAUUUGGGGGGCUGUAUCCGAUUCACCUGAUGUGUUUGUGAAGUGUUGCGAAUUUGUCUUAAGUAGCAGGGUCAACCUUGUCUCCUGUUCUAAUUCAUCCCCUCUUUCAUUUUUCCAUUGGUUUUCUUUCUUUUUUUUUUCUUUUUGUUUAUCGCCAGUCAAGUUCGAUAUAAUCUUGUUUCUGAAAGUAGAAUUUAUACUUGUAAUUUUUUUUUUUCUAUUUUGUGGGAUGGGAGAAAGUCAGCAGAAGCCAAUCCAAGUGCUCAAAGGCAAAAAGAUAAAGUUUGGAUGUGAGAGUUGGCUCUUCUCGUGUUUUUCUGCGCAGGGAAAAAAGGGGGAAAUUCUAAUUCGUCUUUGCUUUCAUUAUAUAUUUUUUAUGUGGCUAUUUUCUUAAACUUACCCCUGUGCCUGAUGAAAAAAAAAAACAAGUGCAGCUCUUUAUACUCCCUUUUCUGUGGCUAUCUUCUCACUCGUGUAUAUUCAACCCAAGGUUUGUGUUAACAGCCAUUUUUUUUUUUCCUUUUUUUUUUUCUUAUUUGCAAAUCUCCAUGCGUUUCCUUGCUACCAGUUUUUUCGGUGCGCAUUUGUUUCGUUGUGUUGCUCUUGUUUACUUCUUUUAAAAAAAUUAAUUUUAGUUACAACUUUUUGAAAUUGUUUUGUGAAUUGAUAAGCCAAUCUUGUCUGUCUCUUGCUAUUUUGGAAUUUCCAUCCUAUUUUGUGGUCUUUAUUAUUAUUUUUUUUUUUUUUUAGAAUUCAGUAUCAUUUUGGGUUUUGUGUUCCUGACUCGUCGCUCCUUGCCCACGGUCGAUGAUAUUGGCCAAGGAGACCGGCAUUUAUCAUUUAGUUUUUCCGUAUUCUUUUUUUCUCUCCUACAUCGUCACUUCCGUCUCUUUUCUUCUAAUUUUAAGUGAAUAUGUUUUAAUCGUACGCGGAAUUCAAAACCACACGAGGGGAAAAAUUGGCUUGUCUUGUUCUUUUUGUUGCCGUCAAAUCGAUUCCAUCAGCCGUUUGUAUACAAAUGCCUUUGCCUCUAUGCCCCCUCCUCCUGGGUCUGUCCACUGUUCCUUGUGUACCUCAAUUACUGUACUGUUAUUAUUUCAGUUUUAAAGUGUUUAAUUUCGCUUCCGGAUUGGCUCUUCUCUCUGUCCCCCUUCCCUCUUUUUUUUUUUUUAUUUUUUCAUUCGUACUCAGCCCUUCCUUUCGCGUGUAUCUUAACGAAAGGUGGCAGUUAUUUAUCUAUCAGCUAUUUCCUUUAAAAAAAGCAAAAGCACGAGAAGUUUUUGUUCGUUAUUUCAAUCACAUGUCGCCACAUUACUUAACAGUAUAGUUUGUUUUCUUCUUUUACCACACAAGGCUUUGGAUUCUCGUUGGCAGUGUCGUUACAUACUCAGGAUGGCUCUGACAGAUUGAAAGAGUCGGUUGUUAAGUUGGCGUGAAGGGUUUCAUUCAAUAGUUUCUCUGGGUUUCCGGCAGGUCUGAGAGAGAAACGCACAUGUACGCGCUGUCAAAGGCUUCAAUGGAAUUGGUUUACGCACCAUAAUGAAUCAUUUCAGACAAAAUGAAUUCCUAUAUCUUGUGCGUGCAUAAUAAACAUUUAUUUAGUUAAUAAACGAAAUACUACA